UCCUUCCUCUCUGGGCGUGGGGUUGCCGGCCGGUGAAUUCUCCGCACAUCCACGAAAUGGCGUCCGGUGUGUCCGUAUCGGAUGCGUGCAAGACGGUGUUCGACGAGGUGAAGAAGGCCAAGAAGCACCGGUACGUAGUGUUUGUGAUCAAGGAUGACGUCAUGAUCGACGUGGAGGCGAUCGGCGACCGCGACGCCAGCUACGACGACUUUGUGACCGACAUCCAGAAGGCCGGCAAGGGCCAGUGCCGGUACGGCCUGUUCGACUACGAGUACCUGCACUCGGUGCAGGGCGCCGCCGAGCCCACGAAGAAGCAGAAGCUGUUCCUGAUGCUCUGGUGCCCUGACGAGGCCAAGAUCAAGGCGAAGAUGCUGUACUCCUCCAGCUUCGACGCUCUCAAGAAGUCGCUGACGGGCGUAGCCAAAUAUGUCGAGGCGACAGACUCGGCCGAGAUCUCCAAAGAAGAGGUGGAGAACAAACUAAGGCAGAAUGAUCGUAUGUAAGCGGCGAUGGCGACAGCCUGCCGGGUCGCGGACGCCCGGUGCCCGUGCGCGCUCGCGCGCGCGCACCCACGACAAAAAUACAGACUGCUAGUCCCAACUGUGAAGGGGGGCUGGGCGUCACCCAGGGAUCGACGAUCAACCAGCCGGCGAAUAAGCGAAUCAACGGGACGGCCCUGCCGGCACCCAGCAGCGUUUGUUAAUUUCCUAUCUGAUUACACGCAUCCACGUGCGCGCCUGCCGCGGCCGCGCCUGGCGCGCCGCGCACCGGACCGACGGCACCAGGUGGGCGCGCGGCGAGGUCGGCCCGGCGUGCCCGCAGGGCUUCCGUCGACGCAGCACCGGGCGGGGCGGAGCGGGCCUGCCCGAUGGCGCCUGUGUGACGUUUUGUAUUGCAGGAAAUCUGUUAUCGAAACCACCUUUCAGCGUGUGUCGCAGCGAUUUUUCUAUUUAUGAUUGUAGGCUGUACACGUUACGAAUAAAUUUCCUUUCUACG